GUCUUUUCCUUUCUUUCUCGCUUUUUACUCGAACAUGGGUAUUAGCCGCGAUAGUGCACACAAACGCCGGGCCACCGGAGGCAAGCGCAAGUCGCUCCGCAAGAAGCGCAAGUUCGAGUUGGGACGCCCCGCCGCCAACACCAAGCUUGGCUCCGGCCGCGUGCACAAGGUGCGCACCCGUGGUGGAAACACCAAGCUCCGUGCUCUGCGCCUGGAAACCGGAAACUUCGCCUGGGCCUCCGAGGGAGUGGCGCGCAAGACCCGUAUCGCCGAUGUUGUGUACAACGCCUCCAACAACGAGCUGGUGCGAACCAAGACCUUGGUGAAGAACAGCAUCGUGGUCAUCGAUGCCACGCCCUUCCGCCAGUGGUACGAGGCUCACUACGUGCUGCCCCUGGGACGCAAGCGUAACCCCAAGCACGCCCAGAAAGAGGACGAGAACGACGUGCUGACCAAGAAGCGCAGCGAAAAGGUUAUGAAGAAGUACCUGGAGCGCCAGAAGUACGGCAAGGUCGAGCAGGCCCUCGAGGAUCAGUUCACCUCCGGCCGCAUCUUGGCUUGCAUUUCUUCCCGCCCCGGACAGUGCGGUCGCUCCGACGGCUACAUUUUGGAAGGCAAGGAGUUGGAAUUCUACCUUAAGAAGAUCAAGUCUAAGAAAUAAAGGCACUAGAUAAGCUUGCAAGACAUGAUUUGCAAACAAAAACGGAAUAAAACAACUUGUUUUUUAUAGGAAGUGCAUUUUUCUGAUUUUGUUCUUUAAUUUUCCUGCUGACAAAGAAAUGCAGCCCAAAUAGUGGACGCUUUUGUUACCCAAAUAAAGUCCAGAUAAAAGAUAAGAAUGUUCGUGGAUAGUGGAGGGCAAAGGACUCUCCCUUAAAUGUCUAUUGAAUUUUCGUUUCAUAAGUAUGAUACAGUAAUACGUAAUCAUUAAUAAUAGUUUAAAUAUCAUUCAUAUUGGCUAUAAUUACAUAACGCAGACAGGAUGUCGAAUCCCAUAAAGUACAACAAAUUCAUGUUAAUUUAAAACUGCCAAUGACAAUCUUAG